UCUUUACUUGCGAUCGAUGCGCGCGCGCGCACACGUUCUCUCACACGCCUUCCGCUCGGUGGCUCGCGCAUACGCACAGGCCCUGGAGAAUCCGCAACAAAACACGUCAACAGCAAAUACCGAUAUCGGUGGUUAAUAUAGUGAACGGGGUUGAAGGAAGGGUGCGCACACACAAUACACAUACACACAGUCAGCGAUCGCGACCGCCGACUUUGCGCCCGUUUGCGCGCGCCCGUCCCAGACACUCUUCUUCGCGCAACGCGCUAGUGAACGUGUCUCGCACGCGGUGUUUUGUUUUGUUGUGCUACCGAUUUUGCGUGUGCUGUGAAUGUUAUUGGUCAGUGGGCCGUUUCGGAAACGCUGAUCGCGAGACAUUUCGUGUGCGGUUUGGUGUGUGUGUGUGUGUGUGUCUUUUCGUGUGCUGUUUAUAAAUUGUGGUUUUUUGUACGUACGACGGUUCGCCGAACGCCGGGAUUAAUUGUUGCUGGUACGCGAUCUUGCCUCGGUCAGUGAAUCUUGGUGAGUUGUCUGAUGGGUGUAGUGUGUCCCAGCUGUGUCCAAAUCGUGUGUCUGGUAACGUAAUCCAACGGUCCGGUUCGAGUAGUGCCGUUUCCAAUGUCUGAGGCUUAAAGUGAGUGAAGUCAGUGAGGUUGAAGUAAGUGAAAAAUAUCACUCGUCGAUUCACACGUAACCGAGCAGCAAACCCGUGGCGCAAAUAGAAAGAAAUACGAAAAGAAAGGCGCAUCCCACAGUGAUGCCAAGUGAGCCAUCGCCAUCGAAGGGCGCUGGAAAAAGUAAAUAACAGUGUCAACAGUGUGUGUGUCUGUGUGGGGAAGUGGGUAGGAAAAACAGGUUUUUCCUAACCUUCUCGUCUAAGCAUCCCACCGGGGUUGCGUUCCGUUCCAGCCCUGGCCUAGAGCUCUGGGCCGGGAAGAUUUUUCGGUGUCGGUGAAGUGAAUGUGUGUGUGUGUGUGGUGUUAGCGAAUUGCUUGUAUGUCUCUUCGAAAUUGCUCAACGACGGCGUAGAUAGACGUCCCCGGGCCGAUAGGGUUCCCGUAGCUCCAGUGAAAAGAGUUUAACGCCAGCUCACCCCAACGUUCGUUCGGCGCAACACGCAAAACCCGGUGACCGUGAAAUCAUCCGUUCCAUUCCGCGACCAGCAGCUUUACCCAUCACCAUAACAGCACGCGCCCUGUAGUGGCGGAUAAGAGCGUUCCGGAUCCGGCCCGUUGCCAUCGGGCGCACAGCAGCUCACACACAAAAGCAAUGGCUAGAAAAUGGUGUGAAAAAAGUUGAAACUAAUCGAGUGCUUCGCGCUGCCAUUCCUCCGAACCAGAAGGCCGUCUCGACCGCGAAACGAAUGUUGUUUGUGGUGGCUGCAAGGCUCGUUCGCGCCCAGCGGUACAAUUGGUACGGCAGAUGAACAUUGUACUUACCGCCUAUUCCACUCGGUGCUGCGAAUAGAUGGACGCAAAACGCCAACGAAAUGAAAAAUGUCUUCGCUGAGGAAAUCCGCAUCGUUUCGCUCGAGAAUACCCGUACGCCGGACGCGCCUACCGCAUCGACGCUGCACUAGCCCGGACCAGUCGGUGGUAACGAUCGGGCACAGCCACGGUUCGGAAUCGUCCAUCGCGACCGGCCCUAACGACGCGGGACCGGGUCUGUUCGGUAAGGGGGUUGGCCAGCAGCCAAAAGCUUGGUACGAUCGAAGCCAUUGCUACUCGUCCUCGAGCUAUUCGAGCAGCGACGAAAGCUACGACUCGGAAGCGGCUCCAUUUCAGCAUCUCCUGAAUCAAUCAUCGGUUGCAACCAGUGCCGGCAGUCCGUACCAACAGCGACGGCAGCUACAGGAGCAGCAGCAGCAGCAGCCACAGCCCGAGCAUCCGUACCAUCGGGUACUGCCGUUGGGCCCUCGACACCCGGACGGGGAUCAGUACCAGCAGUUUGAGGCACCGUUUCUGCCCCAUCACCAGUCUCUCGGAGCGUCCAGCUGUUUGAGCACCUCGACCGAUGCCAUGAGCCUGGACGGGUUGCUGGAUUGCGUCAGUACGGGCACCUUCUCCUGUCCGCCAUCGCCGAAAUCGAAAUCAUAUUUGGAUAAUGGCGACGGAGGUCAGCAGUCGAGCAGCUUCUACGAGUCGCUGGAAGAGUUAAACUACGCACUCAAAACGCUCAUCAUAUCGGACUCGUUCCAAGCGCAACGAAACAUCCGGAAUGCAACCUCGGCUAGUACCGCCGGCACCGUCGUACCUCCGGCGGUCGAUGGGUCGUCCGUUUCGCUAGCCGGAACGCUGGAAUGUACGGUCCCGCUUGGUGCAUCGUUUGAGCCGGGGACACCACAGCACGGACAUCAUAGGCAGGAUAGUGAAAAUCUGAGAACACAGGAAUUUGUCGCACCCAACCUACAGCAGCUUAAGCGCGAGGAGCAGAAGGAGCAGCAGCAAGAGGCUGCUGUGGAAGAAGACGAUGAUCUAAUUAAGCAGAGGAAACUAAGCGAUUGGUAUUACAUCAAGACGGCUCCUUCCAAGAAACCGUCCAGUCCAUUCGAGCGUCGUCGCGCGAACGGAAGCCGGCUAUCGAAUGAGGCAGCAAAGCGUACCGGGGGACGGUUUCCACCGACCCUGACGCCCCGUGCCUCCAAUCCGGAUAUUGCCGGCGAUGAGCGAUUGCUGACGAAAACGACUGCUGACAGUAAGCAUUCGGUCGCGCAAGGACUCAUCCCCGGCGAUCGUAAAUAUCCUUCGCCCGUUCCAAGGCCACGUCGAUUACCACCGACCAUGGUGAGUGCGGAUUCGCGGGAACAGCAGCACAGCUGGGAUCAGGACGCACGCUGGCAUCGUCAACAGCAUCCGGGUGCGGUCACAAAAUCCGCUUCUUCGUCCAGUGUGAAUCUUGGGCUUCGUGGCCAUAUGCAAUCGUCGGGCAGUGGUGGUACUCGCGGAGCACGACUCCAUUCCAACUCGGACCUACAGCAAGCCGGGACGCGUAAAGCGAUUGCACCUGCACUGCUGCAGGACGAUUCGCUCGGAAGUCUUGACGACAGCUCUUCGCUAGCCGUGCUGGGUGGCUCGUUGGCGUUUGAGCCGUCGGAUGAUCGGGACCGAUUUUCACCCUAUUUUCGGCGACGCAAUCCACACGAGCUCGUACCACAAUGGUUUCCACCUCCGCCACCACCCCCGUACCACUAUCCGCACCAGUCCGGACUUCAUCAGGACCAGCGGAAUAUUUAUGAGAACUACCCACCGAAGGCCAAUCAGUACGUGAACGAUGAUGAGGCAAAAGUUGAGCCCCUGUCACCGACGCCAACGGCACGCAUACGUACCACGGCUCACUCCAGCGGGGGACCACACUCCAACCGACCCGCACCAACGCUGUACGGCAUCGAGGAGAACGAAGUGUUCCAGUACAAAGUGCCGCUCGCUGCACCGGACAGCGCCAGUGACAAGCGACCACUGCCGAGACCUCCGAUUGACUCGGACGAUGAGUUCGGUCAAGGCCAGGGCGGGCUGCAGCCGGAGAAAAAGAGCUCCCUGACGCGGUGUUAUCCGACGAAAUCGCAACCACCAGCAUCACAUCCGCCACAGUUGCCCCCACAGCCGGUCCAGCAAAAGCUGACGGCGCAAGCACCGAGCACCACCACAGCGCCCACCCCCUACCGGACGGACUAUGAACUGUCCGGGUCGUAUGUGUCGCUCGAGUGUCCCUCGCCGCCCGGUCCACCCGCUUGCGGACCCGAGGGCCGACGGGGCGAUCCGCAGGCUCGCCUUGCGAACUAUCUGCGCACGCUGUACAACGAGCUAGCUUUAAAGGAACCGGUACUGCCGAGCUGGGUGCACCCGGUCGCACCCGGCGUCCUCUGUCCGGCCCGACUCGAGCCCGAGCUCCGUCUGCACAUACACUCGCACGGGCUGAAUGAAGCGAUCGCCGUCGACCAGAUCCUGACACCGGUCCAAACCAAAGAUGGUCCGUUCCUGGAAGCGCCACGCCGUGUACUGAUCGAGUGUCCCCCGUGGGUGACGCGUGGUGCACUCGCCCUUCGCAUCCUACAUGGCUGGAGCCGUGAACCACCGUGGCCUCCGCGAGGUCAACCCGUAGCGCUGGCUCUAUUCCUACCGUUGGCCGAGCUGCGAGGAACGAUUGCGAACUACAUCGGCAAGGAGCUGUUGCCACGCGGACCUCCGAAUCCGUUCGCCAGCGGGUUCGGUGGGUUCAGUGCGGCUUGGAACUCACUCGAGGCACUCAAGGGCAAACUGUUGAUCGUGCUGGACGGGUACGAUGUGCAGUGCAAAACGCGCAAAAGCAAAACCAUGCCAAAGGACGUGAUCGAUCUGCUGGAGGGUCGUCUAUUUCCGGAAGCUCGCGUCAUACUGAUCAGCGUGACGGCGUCCUGUACCGAGCUGCUCCCACUGAUGCAGCGACAUAUCACCUUCGAGGGGCUGGUUUGGGGUCGUUCGGUGUCCCUGCUCGGUGGCGGUCAGUGGGGCGCUCCAACGCGACUCAUCGACACCGUACAGUCCUGCCGACAUCUGCGAAACAUUGCUCGAACCACGCUGGGCUGUUUGGCGAUAGCGGCCAUUUACGAAUCAUCGGGCGGUGAACUCCCGACCGACGAGUUGGAUGUGAUCGCGUCGGUGUUUAACUGUGUGGCGGCGAAUUCUUCUCACACGCAAGUUACAGAGCUGGGACGAUUGGCACUGUUUUGUCUGAAGACGAAACGUUCCACGGUGACGUCGGCUGAGUUGAAGAUGUACUGUUCCUCACCGGAAACGAACAUCGCGGGGUGUUUGGAUCGGGCUCAGCUAUUUGGCCGCACGUCGAAACGGAAGUCCGAAUACUACUAUACCAUCAUAUGUCCUGGGUUGGCGGAGUUCCUCGCGGCAAACUACAUCGUAUCGCUAGCGAACAGACCAGGUUUGUUGGCGGCAGAAAUUGCCGGACUGGCGGUGGGUGAUGAAGUGGAGCCGGAAAUUCUGAAGGUGCUCAACUUCUCGAUGGCACUGCUCGGAGCCCGCGCUCAUCUGCUGCUUUCCAAGCUAACUCCUCUGUGGUUGAGUCCUCAGACGAUCUUCUCACUAGCGCUGGCCGGUGGUGAAACGGAAGCGAACCUGACGGCACUCUGUGAAAUGCUGGGCAUUUCCAAGUCACCGCCAGUACCGCCGCUCGAAGCGAAACCGAUCUGGGUGUCGAUCAAGUCUACGCUGUCCGAGUUGCAGGGCUGGGGCCUUGCGUUCAAGAGUCCAACCUGCACGCUGAAGAACCUCGAGCUGGUGUACCAGAUGGAGAAGAACCUGCUGCUAGAGUCACGCAACGUGAUGGACAUCUUCCUGGAUGCGCUGUCCAAGAACGAAAGCGUCACGACGCUACGCAUCACGUCACUGAUCGAGAACGAGGUGCGAGACUCGGACAUUAACUAUCUGGCAAGUUGCAUAUCGAAAGCGUUGCUUAAGCCACGGCUCGAAAGCUUCGAACUUAUCCUCACGCUGCUCGAAGAGGAUCCACCCAUCCUGAAGCUGCAGUCCGUAGUGACGGCGCUCUGUCGUACGAUUCCGCGUCAACCGAAGCUUAGCAACCUUUCACUCGAUCUCGGUCUCUGCACCUCGCAGCUGGUGCAGAUCUGUGCGACGCUCGAGAAGUGUCCGCACGUCACCCGGCUCUCGUUGCCUCAUUUGCGCUGUGAACGGGGAGCUGUAGGAGCACUGGCCGCAUUGCUCACUGUACGGCCUCUAUCAUACCUGGGACUUCCUUCGAGCUGGGGUGCCCGUGACGAUCCACCGUCGUCCAGCGGAGUUAGCAUGGGGUCUGGAUCGGGCAGUAGUAGCGGCAAUUCUGGUCUCAUCAAACAGUCCUCCCUAACCGGAGCUCCCUCGCCACGUUCAUAUCCGGCCGGAAUCUUCUCGUCAUUGCCGCGAGGUGUUCUAAGCUCCACCGCCAACAUGGGCCGAUCGGCCACACUUCCCCGGCAACCGAUGGAAGGACCUCCGGACAAACGUAGCACAGACUCGGUCAUAUCGCGCACCUGGUAUCCAACGCCAGCCUGCGAUGGUGGACCGCACAAUUCUGGCACUCUGCACGAACUGCUGCUAGCCGCCCGCGAAACCUACUCUCGACUGCAUGGACUGGAUCUUAGCAAGGCGCAACUUUCGCUCGAAGACUCAAUGUGUUUGGGCGAGACGGUGCGGGUGUCUACGACGCUCCACUCGAUCAAGCUCGAGGGUGCGUCCCGGUUGAGCGAAAUCCUACCGACCGUACUGGGCGCGAGUGAGUCACCGAGCCUGCAGAUGAUGAGCCUCGGGUCGCCUCGGAUCGCUCUCGAAGAUGCCGCCGUCGGAAUGUCGGCACGUGCCUUGGGCAGCUGCAUUACACUGCGACUGCUCAGCCUGGACGGUUGGAGCUUUAGGAUAGAGAACGUGGGAACGCUUGCUUCGGUGCGUGGUUUCCUGUCGCUUACGUCGGUCCGUGAGCUGGGCCUCAACAACUGUCGAAUGAACAUGUCCAUGUUCAAGAGUGAUGUGCCGGUACAGUCCGGUGCGUACGAGUGCCGUUCCGUAGUCAACUUGAAGCUAGCCGGUGCCCAGAUAAUCUUCGCCGAUCAUCUCUCGAUGAAGGGCCCACACAUGUUGCCGUAUCUGGUGGGCUUUGUGAAUCUACGCGAACUGGAUCUUUCUGCACCAUCGAGGACGGGCUUCGGUAGCACAAGCACGACGCCACUCAUCCUUUCCGAUAAGGACAUCGUAGGUUUCUUCAACACGCUCAACAAUCAUUUCAGCCAUCUAAACACGCUGAAAAUGUGCAACUGGAUCAUUCACCUGGACGAAGCCGCCCGAACGCUCAAGUCCGUCGCGAAGCUGCUCAAAUCCAGCCCGCUCAGUCACAUCAAGCUGGACAGUGUGGUGGUGAUGGAUCGACCGAAAAAGCAACGCAUCGAGCCACAGUUCCUGCACGCCUUUCUGGCCAACUUGCCGCUGCUACGGUGGCUCGGUAUUACGCUGCACGGGCUAAACGAGGACCAGAUAACGACGCUCGGCAAUUACUGUGGCGAUAUGCGCGGUAUGGAGAUUGAUGUGAGGUUAUCCGAUUCGACGAUCGAAAACGCACGGCUGAUGACGAGCAGCCUCGGUAUGGACGGCAAGUUCGACAUACGUGUCUCGACGUUCGGCACCUCGAACAGCAUACUGAUCCACAUCGAGAAAACUUCGACGAAAAGUUUAUCCCGCAAAUAAUAGCAAGGAGAGGCGACCGAACGAUUUAUGCGUCACUGACUGGGGAAAAGAUGGGGAUGGAUUACUAGGAUGGAUUAGUAACAGAACCUACCCCCCUUCAAAACGGUAAGAAUCGGCUCCGUUGUGCUGGCGUGGAGAGCUGUACGUAAAGAAACAAUCUGCAACUCCAAAUAUUGGGAAGGAAUCACUUCCUAGGCCGGUGGCGAUGAGUGAGGCUCACAUCCCGAGUCCUAAGCGCUACUCGUGUAGGCUGUUCUCCGAUUUUUAUAUCACUCUCUCUCUCUCUCUCUCUCUCUACGUAUAUCUGUCUCACAUCUUCUCUCGUACACUAUCAAACUAUAGCUCUCCCUUCGCUCUCCCUUUCCCCUUCUCUCUCUCUCUCACUUGCUGUUAAUAGUGAUCCUUUCUGUCGUACCGUAAAGGAUCGUGUUUUGCUGCUAUAGGUGUUAUGUGCAAGCUGUGUCAUAGUGCGUUAAGGCUUAUCGAAACACGUGUUUCCCUUGCUGUUGCGGAUUAAGUAAACUGGUUCGAAGCCGGCCGAAUCGGACCCACCGUCCGGUUGCACUGAUUAAAAGUAAAGUCAACAGAGCUGUUUUCAGUACCCAGGACCAGUACGACUGUUGCUGCUAACGGAGAUGUUCGAAGGGGAGAAAUCCAACUUACUCAAACAUCACGCACUUCCGACUAUGUGUACUUGUUUAAAUUAAAUUCCCUUCGCUAGUAAAUGCAACAAAGAAGCCCUCUCUCCCCCACACAUUUGCUUCUGGCCACUGUUUGAUAUUUGAAGCUCGUAUCGUUCUUUGUUAAGCGAGCACGGGUUUUUCUUUAUACGGGAAGGAUUUAUAUGCCAAUAUGGAUAUUAAUAUUUUAAUUAAAAAAUCCGUUUCUAUAGCAAAACAAAAACCCAUUAGUAACAAAAAAAAGUUCAAACAAAAGAGCAAAAGGAAAACCAUUUUAAAAUACUUUCUGUUCACUGUUUUUAUAAUAAAAGAUCAGAAAUGGAUGAGAACAAACAAACAAAAAAGGUUCGAUCGGAUACACAGAAAAGAGAAGAUAAAAACGCUGAACACCGAUAUGGUUAAUGUUAAUUAUUUCCGGUACCCAAACAAAAAAAAACCGCGUGUGUGCGUGUGUAUACCUUUCCCUUCACUCGAAACGGUUUCUCUUCCGGUUCUCCUUUUUCCUGUCGAGCGCUUUAAGAGCAACGCAAUGUUCUCUCCCCUUUUUCCCAUUUUCCAUUCAAAAAAAAAAAAAAAUAUAUAAAAGUAAACCUCCCAAACGUGAAACAAAAAACACGAUAAAGUACCAAAAUGAAGAAAAAAAACAGGAAGAAGACGGAAGAAAAGGGGAGAGAUAAAACGCAUAGUACAUCAUGUAGUAGAAAGAAGACAAUAUUGAACAUAUAUGAUAAUGCAGAUGCAUGUGUGUUGAACCAUAUGAAUAUAAAAUAUUCAUUUAUUUUACGCGUUUUGUUAAUGCUAUUUAUAUACAAAGCAAAGGUGGACAUGGAAGUAGAGUGAGAGAGAAGAGGGGAAAGAAAGAGAAGAGAAGAGAGGAGAUAUAAGAAGAAAAAAGCAGAAAAGAACAAAAAAAAAGAAACAAAAUACACAAUAGAAUUAAGAGUGAGCUAUAUAUACUGUAUUUGUGGCUUGUUGCUGUUUAUUAAUGUCCUUCAUCCCUUGUGUGUAUUGUACACUUCUAGCCACGUGAGCAACAGGAGUGAUCGGAAAAAAAACGGAGAUGGAAGAACGAAAAUUCUACUAGAUAGGCUUAUUGAUAGGAAAAUGUUGUGUAAAUGCUUUCCCGGCACGUACGUGUGGGAAGACAGAGAGUUGCUUGCACAGUGACCUUCUGCUGGAAGGUGGAAAAGAUGGUUGGCUUUGCCUCCACGCUUCCAUGUGACAUUUGUACAUUAGCAUUUUAUUCGCCGGGAAGGCGAGAAUGUUCCGUGUUGAUGUUUAACCCACGGUGGAAGAAGAAAUGGGUAUAUAGAACGAUCGUAUAGAUAUAAGGAAGUAUGAUACUCGAUCUAUCGCCUACAACAACAUGGCCACUGAUUGGGAUAGCGAGAGAGAGAGAGAGGCAGAGUGCAUAUUAUAUGGACACGUUUGUAUUUUAAGAACAGAUCAUAUUUUAAGACAUCGUAGAAAGUAUUCUAAACUAGCGAAACGGGCGGCAGUGUUUGCCAAGAACACGCCACCAUUGCGAUUGCGAAAACAAAUGGAAAUGGCGCGCGCACUGAAGAAUUUAAAUUGACAGUUGUACAGUAGCGCGUGGUGUUUGAGGAAGGGAAGUAUUAUUUAUCACCCAGUUGGACGAUACUGAUUUGUGGCCGAUAGUUUAUGCAGAGUCCGUUGAUGUAUGGAUUUGUUAUUUAAAGCGCAAGUAUUUAUCACGCACCUUUUUUGUUUGUAUCUUUUAUCCUAUAAGGUUAGCUUUUGCUAUGUAUGCUUUUGCCUGUAAGUAGAGGCUAAUUGGUGGUUAACGGUGGUUUAAAAGCAGGAAAGUUUUUUACUGUUGGUUUAGAGUGUUAGGGGCAUUUCGGUUGUAUAGAGCAUUCUCUUUAUCGCCUGUGUUAGUGAAAGAGAUUAUAUAUUACAAACCAUUUUUCCACGUUGCAGUUUCACUGUAAAAUGUGUAAAUUUUCUCUCAACACGUAAAAGUCCACUUUUACACACAUUAAAUCUUCCACAAAAAACAACAAAUAAUCGUGUCCUCUAUCGACUCUGUCACCAAUCAAUGUUUACCAGUGUCUACGUAAAUGAUCUAAACUCCUCUAAACAUAUUCUCUAUUCAUUGGAAGAAAGCAGAGCACGCAGUUGAUUCAUUUGUUUACAGGUUUAUAAACUUCUAUGGUUUGUGAAUUGCAUAGCUAAAGGCAGUAUUGGGGACUGUGUUCACAAAACGCCCAAAUCGAUGCAAUCCGCAUGACAAGCUAGUUGGUUUGUAUUGUGACUCCUUUAAUUUUUUUAAAUUAUUUUUAAAACUGCUGGUUAAUUGCAAAGAGAUAUUCUAUGUAAAAACUUAAUUUAGGCAAAAUUCAACGUCUGAUCACAGUCUUUGCUGUAUAUCUUUGCUCAUAGAAGAUUGCUCAUAUCCUUAACUUAUCAAAGUGAGUAGUAACGAGUUGUGUGUCCUGUGUAACUUAGGUCCCAACUUGCUCAUUUGCGGAGGCGAAACCAUUGUAUGGCUCAAAAAAGAGCUUCAUCUCAGGCUAGCUCACCUUAGAGAGUUGUUGCAGUACAUCACUAUUCUUGCAAUGAGGCAAUGCAAUGGCAAUGAGGAAGCCUUUUUAUUACUAUUUUUUGUCCUGAUUUAAAAUAGAAUUUUUAAUUCUAAAUCGCUGCUUUCUUUCCUUUCCUGCCACUAAUCAUACUUUCUUUCGGUCACAAACACUACCACACUACUGAUAGACCGGUGCCGGAAAAGAUUUAGAGCAUAUAAGAAAAAAAACGGAAACAGAUAAAAUGUCAAUGUGAUUCACUAUAACUGCAUUUAAGACUUACCACUGAGGGGCGAGGGCGCUGAGUAUCUAAGUGUUUAAAAAAACUUAUAAUGGCUGACUCACUCCUUCCACUCACUCACUCACUCACUCACUCACUCACUCACUCACUUGCAAUGGUUUAAGCACUAUUGUUGAAAUAAAACUAUUAACUGCAUGAAAAUAUUUUUCAUGACACGUACGAACAGACCUAUGUCAGCUAACUCACCCAAACCCCUUGUUCAAUACUCUACUACACGAGACCGGCCGUCAGGACACGAUGUACUAAACAGAACUAAAAUAAAUGGAAAAACCAAUGAAGCAACCGAAAACUGAAAGCUACGAGGAAGAUGUAUGUUGAAACUGAUUUUAAAAUAAAUAUUAUGAAAAUGAAAUGGACGACUUGCGGAACUACACUGAAACACACCAAGUGGAUAGGCUUAAGAUAUAUAGGAUCGUAAGCAAGUGCUAAAUGUGCCCACUGCUACCCUUCCUAAGACGAUUGCUCUCAACUCUCAGCACGGUUCGGUUAGAUAAUCUUGGAGGGAAAAGAGAGAGAGAUAGA